AUGGCGGAGAGUAGUGAUAGGAAUCAUCCAGCGUUUUCUACACCCCAGCAGCAAGAAUUAAAAAUUCCCGGUGGCACAUCGCAGGGAGCAGCGGCCGCCGCCGGAGAAAUCUUCAAAGCCACACAGUUAACGUCUGAACAAUGGCAAAUUCUAUUUGAAACUCGUCAUCUUAAUAAAGCACUAUUUAUUGACGCCGAUAAACCAAAGUACAGUUUUGAACCUGUACUACAAUUGAGACGAGGAAUGCUGCCGAAGCUCAAAGUUGAUGAAAGAUCAGAAAUUGAAGCACAUUUAACCUAUACAGAACGUAGUAAACUAUUUGUAGAAAAUCAUUUCACGGAAGUGGAAGCCAGUUUUCAGUGUCCCUUUGUUGCUGUUUCAGCAAGCUAUGAAGAAAACGAAAAGACAGCUCAUAGAAAGGAAAAGAGAACUGUGAAUACAACAUGUAAAUGGAACUUUUCACGUGUUAUUGUAAAGUUAGAUGACCCUACGACGAUUGAACCUACGCCGGAAUUUGUUAGAGAAGUUGAUAAAAUAUUAACGUCACCGUCACAUAAACAGUAUGCUGAGUUUGAAAAACUAUUUAUGAAAUACGGACAUAAAAUACCGACAGAGAUUACACUCAGUGGACAACUCUAUCAUACGGAUGUUACUGAGAGAGUAGCUAAAGUUAAUGAAAAAGGACAUGCACAACAGGUAAAAGGUAAAUUUGAAGUGCGUAUUAACGAUGUUUGGGGUAUGAAAGUUGGCAAAGGUUUGGGUUACGGACGGGGAAAUGAAAGUCUCAAUCGCGAAGAAAAUAUUUAUCAGAAAUCAUCGAUUACAUUUAAAGCUACAGGCGGUAACGUACUGUUGUGUCAAGACCCAGCAAAGUGGAUACCGACAGUUGAACACUGGCAGAACUGGGAUGUAAUCAAAAAUGAAAACUUUAUACCACUGUAUAAAAUAUUAGACGAAGAACAGCAACGUCAAAUUGAACUUUUAAUACCGCCGUCGGAAUCUAAAAACGUUCAGAAAUCACCACUACGCGAUUCUUACAGUGUUACACUUCAACCAACUCCUACUCUUUCCUUAACGGAUAGAUUGCAGGUCCAUAGUUCGUUUGGGUUGAUCGAAAUUCUGCUUGCGGUAUUAUUAUUGCUUAAAAAAUGA